AUGGCUGAUAAUGAAAUUAAUAAUUCUAAAGAACACUUAGAAAAUGAUGAAACUAAAAAUAAAAAAGAAAUUAAUGAAACUAAAGGAAAAAUUCGAAAUACAAUGUUGUUAUCCUUUGGAGAUGAAAUGGAAGAGGAAGAUGAAUUUUCAAUAAAUCUUAAAGGAAAGGGUAAAAGUGCUCAUGAUCUUUUAAAUGAUGAAAAAUUGUCUAAAGAAAAGGCACUUGAUAUAAGCAAAUUUGGAAAUCAAGCAAAUUCUGUUUCAACUACUACAGGAUUUAGAAAGAAGAAAGCUAAAAAGGAAAAGAUUGUUGAAAAAUUAGAUGAAGAUGUAGAUUUACAUAAAUUGGUCGAUGAAUCGAAAACUCUUGAAGCUGAGGAAAAGUUAAAAAGUUUAAAAGAAGAAAUUAGGAUGAUGCAAAAGGAGUAUAAAAAAAGUUUAAAACAAACUGUUGCAGAAGAGGAUGAAGAAAAGAGUGAAACUGUAAAAGAAUAUUAUAGUACAAAACUUAGAUUUAAAGAUAAAACCAAAAAUAUUCACAAAUUAAAAGAUCCAAGAAGAGAAGAACAAACAAUGGAAAUGUUAGGUAAAUUUCGCAGUAAACUUCAUGAAUUGUCAAUAAAAAAAGUAAUGUCUGAAAAAAAAUGCGCUGAUACAGUUAAAGAAGAAGAACCUCAAAAAAUGGAAGAAGAAAAAUCAGAUGAACGAAUUCAAAUGCCUAAUUUGGAUUGGGAAGCUGAAGAUCUUCCAGAUCAAGAAUGGAUGGUUCAUAAAUUUGUAGCACCGGCUCCUGAUCCAAAUAUCACUAGAGCAAAAGAUGCUAACUUAAAAGAUGAAACAGAAGAUUGGUAUGAUUUAUCUGAUCCAAGAAAUAAAAUAAAUAUUAGAAAACGUACGAAGCUAGAUGAUGACUAA